GGAGGAUCGAAGCUGGAGUUGAUGGAAAUGCUAUGGCUGCGGGAGCAUAUCAACUGGCCAAUAACAACGACGGCGAUAUCCCGGUCUCAACAGCUUUGUCACUUUCACGUGAUGAUGUUGAGCAUUAUGAUGCGACUUUCGAGCAGAUACAUCAGGACCUGGUGCGAUCGUUGUGGUGGCGCCGUGGCCUCUUACGUGCGUGCCACGCAAGGCUUGAGCAGGAGGUGGGGCGCAACAAUGUUGCAAGGGCUGAGGAAGCGGGUGAUGCAGCUGCGGAUGACUUCAAAGGGGUCGUGGCGAACCUGUUCAGUUUGCGGGGGGGAAACGAAGAAGUUUUCCGAAACAUUCCGUGCUUCGUGUGAAUCACAUGAUGGCCAAGGACGCGUGGUAGUGGUGUAAGCUCCGUACGGCAAGAGUGUGUGUAAUGGAAUAACGCCGACUCUACCGUUGCGAGUUCUUCCUUCAUGGUUGUUCUGAGCGAUGCAUGUUCAUUCUUUCCGACAUGG